GUGGAAUACAGACUCCUUGCUGCGUCUGUCUCGGCUUUUAGGAGUCUACGAGUAUUCCUCCAACAAUAAAGUGAUAAACCCCAUCUCUGAAAUUGUCACCUCUUCUCUCUCAUCUUCAAUAACUUAAAAAACAUCUUAAAAAAACAUUCCUUUUUUCAAUUUUCAUUCGACGAUAUUAAAUGACUAGUUCCAGAAUCCCAACAGUGGUCUACCAAUGAAGAGAAAACAAUUACUUCAACUUCUUUAGCUUCUUUUUGGUUGGAAUAGAGUUUCUUGACCCAUCAAACAAUCUCAUGCCGCCAUGUAUUGGGUAGUGCCACUUCUAUUCUAAAAGAACUAAGGGUGAAAUGGGAAUCAGAUUGUGCCCUACAUUUUUCUACCUGCUUCUUCUUCAUCUGUUCAUGGAUGCCAUCUCUGCUCAGAUGCCAGGUUUUGUGAGUUUAGAUUGUGGUGGUAAAGACAGUUUCACAGAUGAGAUUGGUCUUCAAUGGACUCCCGAUAUUCAAAUGGUAAGUGGAGAAACGGCCAAUGUAUCUGUGACAGAUGAGACAAGGAUGCAAUACAAGACAGUGAGAUACUUCCCGGCAGAUAACAAAAAGUAUUGCUACACACUUAAUGUAACUAAGAGGAAGAGAUAUCUCUUAAGAGCAACUUUCUUGUAUGGUAACUUUGACAACAAUAAUGUAUACCCAAAGUUUGACAUCUCUCUAGGGGCAACCAAUUGGGCUACCGUGGUUAUUUUUGAUGCUAAUACAAUCGAGAACCAAGAGUUGAUAUUUCUUUCCACUGAUUCAGUGACAAGUUUCUGCUUAUCAAAUGCCACCACCGGACAGCCAUUCAUCUCCACACUCGAACUAAGACAACUUAAUGGCUCAAUGUACCUCACUCCAAGUGAAAACAGCUACUAUCUAAGUGUCUCUGCAAGGCUAAAUUUUGGUGCCAGUAGUGAUGCCCCUCUCAGGUAUCCGGAUGACCCUUAUGAUAGACUAUGGCAAUCAGACACGAUUAAGAAAGCAAAUUAUCUUGUUGAUGUUGCUGAUGGAACUGAAAAAGUAUCAACCACAAAUCCAAUAACUGUACCCUCGUCUGCAAGCGAAUACCCUCCUCAAAAAAUAUUGCAGACAGCUGUGGUCGGGAGGAAUGGUUCAUUAACGUAUCGCCUCAACCUGGACGGUUUCCCUGGUUUUGGCUGGGCUUAUACAUAUUUUGCAGAGAUUGAGGAUUUGGGCCCACGUGACACUAGGAGAUUUAGGCUAGCACUCCCGGGAUAUCCUGACAUCAGCAAGGCUGUUGUUGAUGUUCAAGAGAAUGCACACGGGAAAUUUCGUGCGUAUGAGCCUGGAUAUGAAAACCUGUCCUUCCCCUUUGUCCUGUCUUUUAAAUUUAUGAAGACAUCUGAUUCUACAAUGGGCCCCAUCCUGAAUGCCAUGGAAAUAAACAGAUAUGUGGAGAUAAAUUAUGGCUCCUUGGAUGGACCAGCAAUUACAGGCUUUGUUUCAAAGUAUGGAUCAUCACAGUGGGCCCAAGAGGGUGGUGAUCCAUGCUUGCCAGCUCCAUGGUCCUGGGUCGAGUGUGACUCUAAUCCCCGUCCAAGGAUUACAUCAAUAAAAUUAUCUGGGAAAAAUCUGACUGGGAAUUUUCCAACAGAAUUUACAAUGUUGAGAAGCUUAACUGAAAUAUGGCUUGAUAAUAAUUCACUGACCGGUCCAAUACCUGAUUUUAGCGGAUGCCAAAACUUGCAGAUAAUGCAUCUUGAGAACAAUCACUUAACUGGGGAGCUUCCUUCUUAUAUAGCACAUCUUCCAAGUUUAAGAGAGUUGUACGUGCAGAACAACAUGUUAUCUGGGAAUAUUCCAUCUGCUCUCCUUGAUAAGGAUCUGAAUUUAAACUAUACGGGAAACAUUAAUCUCCAUAUAGGGAGCAGUGGAAGGAAUCAUAAGAAAAUUAUUGUCGGAUCAUUGGUUGGAGCUGCUGUUCUUCUAGCUGCUUCUCUUGCUUCUUGCAUAUUAAUAAAGAAUGGAAAGAGACACUACCCCAAGAAAGGCCAUUUUGAACAAGUUUCACCUCCACGGAAAUUUGUCUCUUCGUUGGGUGGUGUGUCCACAGAAACAGCACAUUGCUUUACAUUGCAUGAGAUUAAGGAAGCCACCAGAGAUUUUGAAAAGAAGGUUGGAUCAGGAGGCUUUGGCGUUGUAUACUUUGGAAAGUUGAAAGAUGGAAGGGAAAUUGCUGUUAAAGUCCUGACAAAUAAUUCUUUUCAAGGAAAGCGGGAGUUUUCAAAUGAGGUAGCUCUUCUUUCUCGGAUACAUCACAGAAAUCUUGUACAAUUUUAUGGGUAUUGCCAGGAAGAUGGGAGAAGCAUCCUUGUUUAUGAGUUCAUGCAUAGCGGGACACUCAAGGAACACCUUUAUGUCCCAAAAUCGCAUGAACAAAGAAUGAACUGGGUCAAACGGCUAGAGAUUGCUGAAGAUGCAGCAAAAGGGAUAGAGUACCUCCAUACUGGAUGUGUCCCAUCAAUCAUCCACAGAGAUUUGAAAACCAGCAACAUUUUGCUAGACGGAAACAGGCGUGCAAAGGUUUCAGAUUUCGGCCUCUCAAAGAUUGCUGCAGAUGGCACUUCUCAUGUUUCAAGCAUUGUCCGCGGAACAGUUGGGUAUCUUGAUCCUGAGUACUACAUUUCCCAGCAGUUGACAGACAAAAGUGACAUUUACAGCUUUGGGGUCAUCCUUCUGGAGCUCAUGUCUGGUCAAGAAGCCAUCUCAAAUGAGAAGUUUGGUAUUAACUGCCGUAACAUUGUCCAAUGGGCAAAGCAUCAUAUCGAGAGUGGAGAUCUUCAAGGGAUUAUUGACCCUACACUGGGAAAUGAAUAUGACAUCCAAUCAAUGUGGAAGAUUGCGGAGAAAGCCCUUAUGUGUGUGCAGCCUCACGGGAGCAUGAGGCCCUCUAUCUCUGAAGUCCUCAAGGACAUCCAAGACGCACUCGCAAUUGAAAGAGGGGCAGAAGGUCUAAGAGAUGGCAGUUCUGAUGAUAUAUCUAAACAAUCUAUAUAUUCUUCCCUCAAUUUGAGCUCAAUGGAUCUCGGUCCAAGCGAGCAUUGCCUUUCCAUUGAUGAAUCUGUUGCUCGCCCUUCCGCUCGUUAGAUUUUUCUUUGUAUAUAUAUAUGGAUCACUAUGUUGGGAAUCUUGUUCAUACAUGAUUGAUUACCUCAGUUUUUUCUUUCUGGUUUCUGACCAUUUUUUUGUAUGGUAGAUUAGGGGGGUUGAUAUUGCUUUCUCAAGUACUUGUUGCUAACAGAAGAUAUCGAUUAUUCUAUUUUACUUUGUCGAAAAG